AUGCCGCCCUUUUCCCUGCUCGACGAUGCAUCGGUGGUUGAGGAAAUCGGUGUAGUGCUGAAUGACAACGAAGAAGAUGACGACGAGGACGACAGACUGCUAGUAGACGUGCUCGAAUCACUGGAGGUUGAGGCUGUGAUUGUAAUUGUUGACAGCGAGGAGGACGAGUCUGUGGUGCUGAAUGAGAUUGACGAAGAACUGCUGACAGACGUGCUUGAAGCACUAGAGGUCGUCGGGUCUAUGAUAGUGGACGAUGACAGCGAAGACGACGAGUCGGUGCUGCUCGCUGAAGAGGAAGGCGAUGAACUGCUAGCCGAUGUGCUCGAAGCACUGGAGGUCGGAGUUAGAGUAGUGGUUGAUGACAAUGACGACGAGGAGUCUGUGCUACUCGUUGAAGAUGACGAACUACUACUUGCAGAUGAACUUGAGUCGCUAGAGGUAGGUGUUGCACUGCUUGAAGAUGAGGAUUCAGUACUACUAGUUGAGCUUAUCGAGACACUGCUGGAGGAGCUCGAUAUGUCCGAUGUGCUUGAUGAAGAGCUGCUGGAAGAGCUUUCGGAUGACGUAGUACCUGGCGAUGAGCUUGGUGUCAUGGUGGAUGAUGAAGGCAUGGAAGAGCUUGACAUGCUGCUUGUGGCAGGGACUUCUCCCGAGGAAGUCGAGGAGCUGCUUGAUACCGUGGACGAGGUGCUUGAAGUGGCAGAGGGCUCAGUCGAAGUACUAGAUGAGCUACUCGAGCUCGUGCUGGAUACGUCGCUCGUGGUAGAUGAUGAUUUGCUCGAACUACUGGACAAGCUGCUAGAUGAGCUGCUUGAGCUAGCAGACGAGCUAAUAGGUGUUGUAGAUGACGAGCUGGAGGAACUGGAUACAAUCGGUGUGCUUGACGAGCUACUAGACUCAGUCAACGAUGCCGAAGAACUUCCUGUGCUGGAUGACGCUGUAGCUGAGCUUGAGAAACUAUCCGUGCUCGUGGAUGACGAUGUACUUGAGAUAGUGCUGCUAGAAAAACUACUGGACACCGAAGACGAGGUAACCAUGCUCGAAGUUGAAGAGCUCAUCGAAGACGAUGGUAUGAUGGUUGGGCAGGACGUCCCAGUGAUCGUGACGCUGGUAUACGUUGUAGUCUCAAUAUCUGUCACAGUCUAG